UUGAAGUAUUUGUGAGUGCGAGCUAUUUCACAAGAUACUUUUGAUCGAUACUGUUCUCGGGAAUUCUAACAAAAUAAACAUGUCGUUGGUGCGUACUUCCCGCUUGCUGCAAAGCCAGCUAAAACGCGUGAACAGUGUACCUGUCAUGCUGUAUCAUGAAAAUGUCGUUGAACACUACGAGAAUCCGCGGAACGUUGGCUCUCUAGAUAAGAAGGAUGCCAGCGUCGGAACUGGCCUGGUUGGUGCCCCAGCUUGUGGCGAUGUGAUGAAAUUGCAAAUCAAGGUCGAUGAAAAUGGAAAAAUCAUUGAUGCCAAGUUCAAAACCUUUGGUUGCGGCUCGGCAAUUGCUAGCAGCUCACUGGCCACUGAAUGGGUCAAAGGCAAGUCUAUUGAUGAGGCCGGGAAACUGAAGAACACAGAUAUUGCAAAGGAGUUGCGUUUGCCGCCCGUCAAAUUGCAUUGCUCCAUGUUAGCUGAGGAUGCCAUUAAAGCCGCUCUAGCCGACUACAAAAUUAAGAAAGAAAAGCGGGAGUCUAAUUGAUUUCAAGCAAGUUAUGCAAAUACAUAAAUACUUUUAUGAACUACAACAACUAUACAACUAUAAACGAUAAACUAUACAGUAGAUGUACGAUUAGAAUGUUUUCAUUAGUUUUUAAAAUCGGAACUUAGAGGUAGCCUGAACGUUUCCGCUAUGAAAUUGUGCGCGAACCAAACAGAAGAAGGCCUCUGAUUUUGUUUGGUUGUGAAUGGAUGUUUGUAUAAAGUGUGUUGAAGAAUCUAUUAUUCUAUUAUAAAACGCUAAGGAUGCAUUAAAUUUUCUGCUUUAGGCAAUGUAGCUUAACAUAAACAUAUUAAAUUAAAGUUGUUUUUCGUUAA